AUGCCAGUUUAUUCAAUAUCACAUGUUGAAAAUGUUAGAGUAUGUGUAGUAAUGGUUGGAUUACCAGCAAGAGGUAAAUCACUUAUAUCUCAAAAAAUUGUUAGAUAUCUUUCUUGGUUAUCAAUCAAUUCAAAAUGUUUUAAUGUUGGUAAUUAUCGUCGAGAAUUAUUAAAAGAUGAUAUUCCAAUAGAUGCAAAUUUCUUCCAUCCUGAUAAUAUUGAUGGAUUAAAAUAUAGACAACAAGCUAUAGAUGGUGCUAUUGAAGAUAUGAUGCGUUGGUUUCUGGAUGAAAAUGGAGUAGUUGGGAUCUUGGAUGCUACUAAUUCAACAAGAGAACGUCGAGAAAUGAUUUUAAAAUUAUGUCGAGAAAAUUAUAUUGAACCCAUGUUUUUAGAAAGUUGGUGUGAUGAUGAUGAAUUAAUAUUACAAAAUAUUCUUGAUGUAAAGACAACUAGUCCUGAUUAUAUUACAAAACCAAAUGAAUUUGCUAUGAAUGAUUUUUUAACAAGAAUUAAAAAUUAUGAAAAAUCUUAUGAAACCAUGGAUUCAACAUUAGAUUCUGAUUUAACAUUUAUUAAAUUAGUUAAUGUAAAUUCUCAAAUCAUUUUAAAUAGAAUUGAAAGUUAUUUAGAAUCAAGAAUUGUUUAUUAUGUUAUGAAUUUACAUAUAAAACCAAGAUGUAUUUGGUUAUCAAGACAUGGAGAAUCGGAAUUCAAUUUAACUGGACAAAUUGGUGGUGAUGCAAAUUUACUGGAAAGAGGUUGGAGAUAUGCCAAAAAACUUCCUGAACUCGUGGUAAAAUCCCUUGGUGAAGAACAUAAACAUACAAAUCUAACCGUUUGGACAUCAACCUUAAAGAGAACCCAACAAACCGCCCUGUUUUUACCUUAUAAAAAGAAACUCCAAUGGAAAGCCCUUGAUGAAUUAGAUGCCGGUGAAUGUGAUGGAAUGACCUAUGAAGAAAUUGAACAAACUUUCCCCGAGGAUUUUAAAGCAAGAGAUGAUAAUAAAUAUGAAUAUAGAUAUCGUGGUGGAGAAUCUUAUCGUGAUAUAGUUAUUCGAUUGGAACCAAUUAUAAUGGAAUUGGAAAGACAAGAAAAUAUCUUGAUUAUAACUCAUCAAGCGGUAUUAAGAUGUCUUUAUGCAUAUUUUAUGAAUGUACCCCAGGAAGAAAGUCCUUGGAUGUCGAUUCCAUUACAUACUUUGAUUAAAUUGGAACCGAGGGCUUAUUCGACGUUGGUGACUAGGAUUAAGGCGGAUAUUCCGGCUGUUAGUACUUAUAAAGAAAAAGGGACAUCACAAUUGGGUGAAGCUGAAUCCCCACUCUUAUAA